UGCGUGGCGCUGUGACAUCAUACGCAACCUCAUGACGUAAUCUAGCGACUUUGGCAAUACCAGGUGCACUGGCCACGAAACUUUCUUUCAUGCGAUGCGCCCUGGAGGUUCACCACACAGCAGCAAGUGUUUCCAGGCAGCAUGGAGAGCGAUUUGGAGGAGUUCCUCCUAAGCCGAGCCCUGGCCAAGGAUAGGAUCUCGCUCAUGAAGAGAGACAAAAUCGACAAGGCAGUACUUGCUCUUAUGACAGACUCACAGCUUGCGAGAUACAUACCAGCUUACGGGGAUCGUCUAGCAACAGUAUCUUUUUGUAAUCAGCAGCACCAGACAGCUACGAGAGAGACUCUCUUAGAGAGGAUAAAAGAGAAGAUUGGGGGUCGGAAGAUGACGAGUAAGGGUCACCAUACGCCAUCAGGAUCACAUGGAAUGGCCAGAAAAGACAACAAAAAUGCAGAAAAGCAAGUCAGAAAAAUAGAAAUUGGAUGGCUUCACUACAACAAAUCUCACUACACCCAGGUCCGAACAAGGUUUGGAGGUGGGACGAGAUGCACAACCGUCAACAAAGAAACAACUGUCCAGCAGGUGAUGGAAACUGCAAAGCAGUUAUUUUUUCCAGAUGGUUUGUCCAACAAAGGACCAGAAGAGGACUUUGAUUUUGAGAUGCGUGACUUCAAAAGGAAUUUAAUUCCGUUGGAAGACACUGUGGGCACGAUGUACGAGUCAACGAAGUUGAGGCUUCUCCGUUUUUACAUCUGCUCAAAGGACAGAUUGUCUGAUCAGUCUUCUGUGGACGAAGACAGUGACUGUGCGACUGAAGACCCAGAAGAUCAAGGCAGAAGGAACGCCAUUGCAGACCCAGGAAAAUCAUCUGACUUGACCAACCUUUCCAGUGGGAGGGAGGGUGAGACAGAGAACAGCAUCAAUAUAGAAGAGACAUCAUCAGAGCAUUCAUCAGAGCAUUCUGGAGAGGAUCUCUCGUCUUCUAAUUCAGACAUGGAAGCAGACUCCGCAGACACCGUGGACUGGAGCUCAGAUUUUGAGCCUCCUCAGGAGGAUGAGGUUACGGUACGGCCAUAUGUAGUACAGGACAAUUUCUUAGAUGAGUCCUUUGUGAUGGAAGAAAGUGACUCUGCGACUGAAGAGAACGCCAUUGCAGACCCAGGAAAAUCAUCUGACUUGACCAACCUUUCCAGUGGGAGGGAGGGUGAGACAGAGACCAGCAUCAACAUAGAAGACACAUCAUCAGAGACCAGCAUCAACAUAGACACAUCAGAGCAUUCAUCUGAGCAUUCUGGAGAGGACCUCUCGAACGCCAUUGCAGACCCAGGAAAAUCAUCUGACUUACCCUCCCUCCCACUGGAAAGGUUGGUCGAGACAGAGACCAGCAUCAACAUAGAAGACACAUCAUCCGAGCAUUCUGGAGAGGACCUCUCG